GGGGCCGGGCCCGUGUUUACACAGCGGAGGCGAGCGGGGGUGGCCGGGAAGGGACACUGAAGCCCGAGUGGCGGCGGCGGCAGCAGCGGCACGAUGGUUAUGGCGCAUUUCGUCGAGAGUUUCUGGGGGGAAAGAAAUAGUGGCUUUGAUGUACUCUACCAUAACAUGAAACAUGGACAGAUAUCAACAAAAGAACUUGCAGAUUUUGUAAGAGAAAGGGCUACAAUAGAAGAGGCAUAUUCACGGUCAAUGACAAAACUAGCAAAAUCAGCAAGCAAUUAUACACAGCUUGGAACAUUUGCACCUGUGUGGGAUGUAUUUAAGUCAUCAACAGAAAAAUUAGCAAGCUGCCACUUGGAGCUUGUUAGAAAGUUACAAGAACUAAUAAAGGAAGUACAGAAGUAUGGAGAAGAGCAAGUAAAAUCUCACAAAAAGACUAAGGAAGAAGUUGCAGGAACUCUAGAAGCCGUACAAAAUAUUCAGAGUAUAACUCAGGCCCUCCAAAAAUCCAAGGAAAAUUACAAUGCCAAGUGUCUAGAACAAGAACGUUUGAAAAAAGAAGGAGCUACACAGAGAGAAAUAGAAAAGGCAGCUAUUAAAUCUAAGAAAGCUACAGAUACCUAUAAGCUGUAUGUGGAAAAGUAUGCAACUGCCAAAUCUGAUUUUGAACAGAAAAUGACAGAAACGGCACAGAAAUUUCAAGAUAUUGAAGAGACUCAUCUCAUUCAUAUAAAAGAGAUGAUAGAAUCUUUGUCAAAGGCUAUACAGGAAAUUCAUUUACAGAUAGGCCAGAUCCAUGAAGAAUUUAUAAACAACAUGGCAAACACCACAGUUGAAGGUUUGAUACAGAAAUUUGCUGAGUCAAAAGGCACUGGGAAGGAAAGACCUGGCCUUAUUGAAUUUGAAGAAUGUGAUGCUGCUAGUGUAGUUGAAGGGAUAAAGCCAAGAAAAAGAAAGACUUUUGCUUUGUCAGGAAUAAUUAAGAAGGAGAAGGAUGCAGAGUCAGUGGAAUGUCCAGAUGCAGAUUCAGUUAACAUUCCUGAUGUAGACGAGGAAGGCUAUAGUAUUAAACCGGAACCAAAUCAGAAUGAUACCAAAGAGAACCAUUUCUACUCAUCCAGUGAUUCUGACUCUGAAGACGAAGAGCCAAAGAAGUACCGCAUAGAAAUCAAGCCUAUGCACCCCAACAACUCUCAUCACACAAUGGCCUCUUUGGAUGAAUUGAAAGUAUCCAUUGGAAACAUAAGUCUUUCACCUGCAGUAUCAAGACACAGUCCAGUACAAAUGAACAGGAAUUCGUCUAGUGAAGAGUUAACAAAAUCAAAGCUUUCUGCUCCAUCCAAUGAGAAGGGGAACAGUGACUUACUUGCAUGGGACCCAUUGUUUGGACCAUCUCUUGAUUCAUCUAACUCAACACAAUUGACAUCAGCCAGGCCUACAACUCCUCUUUCUGCAGGCACCAUUGUCCCUCCUCCAAGACCUACUUCCAGACCAAAGCUUACUUCGGGCAAGCUCAGUGGGAUUAAUGAAAUACCCAGGCCAUUUAGUCCACCAGUGACUUCUAAUACCAGUCCGCCUCCUGCAGCCCCUUUAGCACGGGCAGAAAGCACCUCUUCCAUAUCCUCAUCUGCUUCGCUGAGUGCAGCAAAUACACCAACAAUAGAAGAUGAUAAUUUCAUUGGAAUUCUGUCUGAAAUUGAAAAGCAGUCUGAGACAUCAUCAGGUGUUUCACGUGGUCCCAGCCCUGUCAGCCUUGGAAAUCAGGACACCUUACCUGUUGCAGUAGCCCUUACUGAGUCUGUUAAUGCCUACUUCAAAGGAGCAGAUCCUACCAAGUGUAUUGUAAAGAUUACUGGUGACAUGACAGUGUCAUUUCCAAGUGGAAUUAUUAAAGUGUUCACUAGCAACCCCUCUCCAGCUGUACUUUGCUUCAGGGUUAAAAAUACAAGCAAACUAGAACAGAUUCUUCCAAACGCACAACUCAUAUUCAGUGAUCCAUCACAGUGCGAUUCCAGUGCAAAAGAUUUUUGGAUGAAUAUGCAAGCUGUCACUGUCUACCUCAAAAAGCUAGCUGAGCAAAAUCCAUCAGCUUCCUAUUAUAAUGUGGAUGUGUUAAAAUAUCAGGUAUCAUCCAAUGGUAUCCAGUCAACUCCUUUGAACCUUGCGACUUACUGGAAAUGUAAUGCCAGUACUACAGAUGUGAGAGUGGAUUAUAAGUAUAACCCAGAGGCUAUGAUUGCACCAAGUGUGCUUUCCAACAUACAAGUGGUAGUACCAGUAGAUGGAGGUGUCACAAACAUGCAGUCACUUCCCCCUGCAGUAUGGAAUGCAGAGCAAAUGAAAGCUUAUUGGAAGUUGUCAGGCAUUUCAGAAAAAUCAGAAAAUGGAGGUUCUGGAUCUCUCAGAGCAAAGUUUGAUCUUUCAGAAGGACCCAGUAAACCUACAACACUUGCAGUACAAUUCAUAAGUGAGGGAAGCACCCUAUCAGGUGCUGACAUUGAGCUUGUAGGCACUGGCUACAGACUUUCCUUAAUAAAGAAACGAUUUGCUACUGGGCGAUACCUGGCAGAUUGCUGAUGUCCUGGUAAAAGUUGUUGGAUCGAGGGAGUACAAACCUGCUCUUCUGCAUUAACUGUACCUUCCAAACACUAUCUUAACAUGUAUUCAAUAUAUUUUUAUCUUUGACCUACUUUGGAGCUGACUACAGAACCUAAAAAUGCACUUUUAAAGUAAGUCAUUUGAAAGGAAUAGCACUGAAGUAAUCUUCAACACUGUAAAUGAUCAAUAUUCAGGAAAUGACAUUUAUUCAAAUACUUAGUGAAAUGAAAUUUAUAUAGGCUGAAAGUCAAAAUAACCAGUUGCUGUAUUAGGAAAAAAUAGGUUAUAGCAUAAGCAUCCAACUGAAAAAUUAAAGGAGAGCAAGCACAAAAUGUUUUUAGCUUUCCAUAAAUUUUAAAUUCCAAGGUAGUUUUGCAGGUUCAUCUGUUUGAUGUUGGAUGCAAGCAGAACAAGAAUGCAAAGUUUGGGAUAUUGUCAACUUAACCCACUCAGUCACAUCGUGUCCAUGUGCCAUCAAAGAAUCGGCUCACAGUUAGAGUAUGCAAAAAAGGAUGAUUUGAUUCCCACAUAACAUAUAUUAAUAAAGUGUAAAUGGUGUUUUAUAUAAGAUUUUUUAAAAAAUCCUCAAGUGCAAUGUGUUUAAAAAUAAGCUUGCAAAGGACAGCAGAGAAACUUACUUCUGCAGUUAGUUAACUUUAUGGAAGUUGUGAUUGUUUUGAUGAAUUAAUGCUGUAGAUUUAAUUUAUUUUUAUAUGAAUUGCAUAAUGUGUGCCUUUUAAAAAACAGAACAGAACUGUGCCUGUCCACUUUGUGUUUAUUAAUGUGCCUCGCUUCCUUUCUCAAAGUCUGGAUCUUCCAUACAGAAACUUUAGGAUGGUUAAAGUUCUUUAUAUAAAAUACAUACAGUUUAUAGUCCCUUUGGGAUACAGAAGGGAAAUUAGGAUAACUGGAGGAUGCUCUUUAGUUGCAUUUUAAAAUACUGGAUUACUUCUUUGUGGGGUAAUUGCAAUAAAUGUAGCUACUGUAAAGGGAAAUACCUGAUGCAGAAUUUUUAAUAUGCUCACAGAAAAAAAAAUUACCUUAAAAUAUUUAAUUCUAACCUCACCAAAGAUGUGAAUUUUAAAA